AGAUCCCGCCAAUCCCUUCACAGAACCUUACGCUAUAUAAACCCCUUUCCCUCCCUCUCUCUCAUUCCCUCGUUCGUUCUGUUUUUCCCACCAAUUUUCCCGAGAAACCCAAAACCAUAACCCUACCGAGACAAAGCAAGAAAACCUCUAAAACCCCCCAUUUUCAAGAUGCUAGAACUCCGUUUAGUGCAAGGUUCGCUGCUGAAGAAGGUUGUAGACGCAAUCAAGGAGCUCGUGAACGAUGCGAACUUCGAUUGCUCCGCGACUGGGUUUUCACUCCAGGCCAUGGACUCGAGCCACGUUGCACUCGUGGCGCUCCUACUGCGGUCCGAAGGGUUCGAGCACUACCGGUGCGACCGCAACAUCUCGAUGGGGAUGAGUCUCAACAACAUGGCCAAGAUGCUACGGUGCGCUGGAAAUGAUGACAUCAUCACCCUCAAAGGCGAUGACGGCAGCGACACCGUCACUUUCAUGUUCGAGAGCCCAACACAAGAUAAAAUUUCUGAUUUUGAGAUGAAGUUAAUGGAUAUUGACAGUGAGCACCUUGGAAUUCCUGAGGCAGAGUACCAGGCCAUUGUUAGAAUGCCGUCUACUGAGUUUGCUAAGAUUUGCAAAGAUCUUAGCAGUAUUGGUGACACUGUUGUCAUUUCCGUUACUAAGGAAGGUGUAAAGUUUUCCACGAGAGGUGAUAUUGGAUCUGCAAACAUAGUCUGCAGGCAGAACACUUCUGUGGACAAGCCUGAAGAAGCCACUACUGUAGAGAUGAAUGAGCCUGUGUCCUUGACAUUUGCAUUGCGGUACAUGAACUCCUUUACAAAGGCAACACCAUUGUCUAACCGAGUUGCCAUCAGUCUUUCAAAUGAGCUUCCAGUUGUGGUUGAAUACAAGAUUGCUGAGAUGGGUUACGUCCGCUUCUAUUUGGCUCCCAAGAUAGAAGAGGAAGAAGAGGAGACAAAACCUGAAGUUUAGGUGUUGGAUUGACUCUAUUGGGUCUUCAAUUUGUUUGUAGUAACAUGCCUUGAUGCAUCUUGUUGAAGAUACUUUUACACUUUGGCAAACGGAUUGGAAAAUUUUAUUAGAUAGUAGUCCCCCCCUAAAUCCUUUCUGUUACUUAGAACAGUGAUCAACAAAUGAAUGUGUAUAUUUCAUGCUGCGUUUGUUUUCA